AUGGAAUUGAAAAUCUUACAAAUCAAUCUUCAUCAUAGUAAAGCCGCAACUGCUAACCUUGUCUACCUCAUGGAGAGUAGACAAUACGAUGUAGCCCUGAUACAGGAACCCUGGGUUGUAAGAGGGAAUAUCAAGGGUCUACAUUCUAAAGAACUACUGCUGUACAAGUCAAAUCUUGACAGCCAAAAUAGUAACCCUAGAACAUGCAUAGUAGCUAAGAAACAGUUUAAUCUUUUUCUUCUAACUACUUACAGCAACAUUGACCAGACUACGGUAAAAUUGGAGCGCGAUGGGCUCCCAAUGUUUAUCCUCUCGUCCACUUACAUGCCGUAUGACAGUACAGAAGGACCACCAGCAGAUAUCACUGAAACGUUGGUAUCUUUUGCAACUAAUAGAGGCAACACCCCUACCUUUGUUACAAAAACACGGGAAGAGGUUCUUGAUAUUACCUUGACGAGUAAUUCAGAUACUUGCCAAUUAGAACAAUGCAAGGUUUUAGAUGAAAUCUCUUUUUCCGACCAUCGCCUAAUAGAAUUCUAUGUCCCUGAUGCUGCCCAGCACAAUAAGCCUUUUAGGAAUAAUAGGCGUACCGAUUGGCAUGUCUUCAAUAGGGAAAUAGUAAAAAACAUUAGUCACUUUAACAUUGACAAUAACCUAAACACAAAUGGUCUUGAUAAAUUGACAGAGGAAUUCACAGGAAUUCUACGCGAUGCAUUGGACAAAAGGUGUCCUCUCAUUACCGCGGCGAAGAAAAACAACGAACCACCCUGCUGGACUGUUGAGCUCACUAACAUAAGAAAAGAAACAAGAAAACUUUUUAACCUUGCUAAACGCACUAGAGCAGAAAGUGACUGGGAAUCUUACAAAACCAGUCAGAGAAAGUUCAAGACAGAAACUCAACGAGCCAAACGUAGCUCUUGGAGAUACUUCUGUAGUACUAUCGAAUGUACUAACCAUUCGGCGAGACUAAGGAGAAUUCUCUCCAAGACGAAUACUUCUAUAGGGUCCCUAAAAGGCCUGAUAAUCGAUGGACAGAAUCCUGUCAAGACAGUCUAA